AUGACAGUAUCCCCACGAGUGUCAAGAGAUCUCCCACCACAGCCGCGAAAGCCACAACAAGGCUACAUCAAUGUUGACGAGCCGAUUCCGGCCAACGAGGUUCGUUUUGCAAAGAAGCCAGAUCAUCCCAUGAAUGGACUUGCUAGCUUGGAGUCCCUCUGCAGUGUCAUCUCUGCCAUUACCCUACCAGAGUCUCUGGACUGUCAACAAAAAGAAGCCCAUGUACGCUUUGAUCACUUCCCUGGGAGUGAAGAUAUGGGCGUGGAUGCCUUGCCCCGAUUUCCAACCAGACAAGGAAGCGAUAUCACAGUUUUGGCUGCACUUGCAGCGCAAGUAACGACAGCCCCAAGGCGUUCGAAAAGCUGUUGCGACAUUUGCCCCCGCAAGCCGGAAAGAAAGACUGCAAAAAGCUGCAUGGGAAAGGUAAUGCGAAGAGCAAUGAGCAUGGUUUCGAAGGCAGACAGCUGCCCUUCCUUCCCGACCCGACAACACAGUUCAGCAUCAAGGACAUUGCGGUGA